GGGAUAAUUAUAUAUAUAACCGCAACUCGCCUCACGCCGCCGCCCCGUCCUCUCUUAUUGAAUGCUGAAGCAACCCAAAGAAAGAGCACGUCUCAAUCUCUUAGCGGAAAUUUGUGGUUGAGGAAGGUUUUCCGUAGCCGGCUUCUGGAUUUUUUAAAGUCUCAUACAGAGUGCGACAAGAAGAUGGAGAGGCCAAAGAAGCAAGUGCUACUUUUCCACUGUGUGGAAGCUGAAGAUUUGGCACGCAAGGUCGCAACUCAUUCAGACCUCAUCCAGCUACAAUCGAUUAACUGGAGGAGUUUUGAUGAUGGAUUUCCAAAUCUUUUCAUAAAAAAUGCACAUGAUAUCCGAGGACAACAUGUUGCAUUUUUAGCAUCUUUCAGGUCGACAGCCGUUAUUUUCGAACAGCUUUCAGUCAUCUAUGCUCUCCCAAUGUUGUUUUGUGUCUCAUUUACUGUGGUGCUGCCUUUUUUUCCAACUGGUUCUUUUGAACGGAUAGAAGAGAAAGGUGAUGUUGCAACCGCAUUUACCUUGGCUUGGAUGCUAUCCAACGCUCCUAUCUCUAGAGGUGGUCCUACCAGUUUAGUUAUCUAUGACAUACAUGCUUUGCAGGAAAGAUUUUACUUCAGUGAUACUGUAUUGCCUGUGUUUGAGACUGGAAUCCCACUUUUGAAGCAACGGCUUCAGCAACUUCCAGAGUUAGAUAAGAUCAUUGUUGCAUUUCCUGAUGAUGGAGCUUGGAAAAGAUUCCACAAGCUGCUCGAUCAUUUUCCUAUGGUCAUCUGCAACAAGGUUCGUGAAGGAGACAAGAGAAUAGUCAGAAUAAAGGAGGGUAACCCUGCGGGCUGCCAUGUUGUUAUCGUUGAUGACUUGGUGCAAUCUGGUGGCACCUUAAUUGAGUGU